AUCAGCGUAAUGUUCCUGGGAUUGACAGUGCCUACCUGGCAAUGGAUACAGAAGAAGGUGUGGAGGUGGUUUGGAAUGAGGUCCAGUUCUCAGAGCGCAAGAACUUCAAACUCCAGGAGGAGAAGGUGAGAGCUGUCUUCGACAAUCUGAUUCAGCUGGAGCACCUGAAUAUUGUGAAGUUCCACAAGUACUGGGCUGAUGUCAAGGAGAACAAGGCCAGGGUCAUCUUUAUUACGGAGUACAUGUCCUCUGGUAGCUUGAAGCAGUUUCUAAAGAAGACAAAGAAGAACCACAAGACCAUGAAUGAGAAAGCCUGGAAGCGCUGGUGCACCCAGAUCCUUUCUGCUCUGAGUUAUCUUCAUUCCUGUGACCCCCCCAUCAUCCACGGGAACUUGACGUGUGACACCAUCUUCAUCCAGCACAAUGGGCUGAUCAAGAUUGGCUCAGUCUUUCAUAGGAUUUUUGCUAAUGUUGCCCCCGACACCAUCAACAACCACGUGAAGACGUGUCGUGAGGAGCAGAAGAACCUCCACUUCUUUGCUCCGGAAUAUGGCGAAGUGGUUCACGUCACGACAGCGGUGGACAUCUACUCGUUUGGGAUGUGUGCGCUGGAGAUGGCAGUGCUGGAGAUCCAGGGCAAUGGGGAGUCCUCCUACGUUCCCCAGGAAGCCAUUAACAACGCCAUUCAGUUGCUGGAGGACCCCCUGCAGCGGGAGUUCAUUCAGAAGUGCCUGGAACCCCAGCCCGGCAGGCGACCCACGGCCCGGGAGCUCCUCUUCCAUCAGGCCCUCUUUGAAGUCCCUUCCUUAAAGCUUCUGGCUGCUCAUUGCAUCGUGGGCCAUCAGCAUAUGAUUCCGGAGAACGCGCUGGAGGAAAUGACAAAGAACCUGGACAUGAGCGCCGUGCUGGCCGAGAUCCACCACGCUGACCGCGAGGGUGUCCGCAUGAUCUUCUCCCAGUCUCCAGCGCUGGAGCUGGACAAGUUCCUGGAGGAUGUGAGGAAUGGCAUCUACCCCCUCACUGCCUUCGGCCUGCCCAGACCUCAGCAGCCGCAGCAAGAGGUGGUGAAAUCCCCCAUUGCACCCCCCUCGGUUAAGACGCCGACGCCAGAGCCGGCGGAAGUGGAGACACGCAAAGUGGUGUUGAUGCAGUGCAACAUUGAGUCCGUAGAGGAGGGGGUGAAGCAUCAUUUGACGUUGCUGCUGAAACUGGAAGACAAGCUGACCCGGAACUUGAGCUGUGACCUGCUGCCCAGUGACAAUAUCCAGGAGCUGGCGGCUGAACUGGUCCAGCUGGGAUUCAUCAGCGAGGCUGAUCAGAGUCGGCUUAGCUGCUUACUUGAAGAGGCGUUCAACAAGUUUGUCUACUCGCGGAAUGGAGGGAUGGCGACCGUCACUGUAUCGACCUAAGGCCCCCUUGCCAGCCAGCGUUGCCCCCCGCCUUCCUCCCUCGGAGGAGAGGGCUGCCCAGAAGGCCUUCUUCUGCCGCCGUUGCUGCGCCUGCUCCGCCACCGCCGUUGCUCUUUUGGGUGGGCCCCCUGCACGUGUGGUUGCUGGAGGGCCCCGCAGACAAUCGCUGCCGCUGUCGGGGGGAAAGAAGGCACAGCCGGUGGGGCAGGAAGGGGGCUGUGUGCCUUGUCAGUAUUAUUUCCCCGGGCCAGUGGCCCCCCCCCCCCCCAGCUCAUGCAUGGAGUUUUCUUUGGCUUGAAUUGUACAGAGGUUUUUUUUUGCACAGCACAGAGAUGUCUGUCUUGUUAUUUAAGGAGGGAGGGAGGGCGGGAGGGGCUCAUUCCCACCCCACCGUUUCUUGGCCUCUCCUUAUGCCCACCAUCUCCACCACUAAGGUCACUCUGCCCACCUCAGCCCCACAUGCACACCUCCUUUGUGGCACGCUUUGCACCACCGAGCGGCGAGGCUCCCUUGGGGCCCCAGCGUAGGCUGGCAGGCAGACAGGUGAGCGAGCGAUCGAGCGAGCAGGCGGACGGGCUCCCAGUGCAGUAGGCAGGAGGGGCCACCAGGAUGGAGGGGUAGCCAUGGAGUUUUGUGUGUGUGUGCGUGUGCAAAAGUGAGAAACCGCCUCUUCUCUGGUAUGUGGGGCUGGGCCAUGAAAGAGGCCUCCCCUUUCCUGGGCCAUGGACGCUCCAUGUGUUGUUUCUGUUCCUAUUUUUAAUAAACCAUUUUGUAAAUAAGCA